CGACUUUGUGUUUCACAUUACGGCUCUGGGUGAAUGGAUUAUCCGCAUUGAUUUUAAUCAGCGCGAUCACGUUGCCCAGCAGAACCGAGGACGUCGUCACGCAGUUUCUCCAUCCAAAAUGGCGCUAUGUUUACGUUCUUUCAUAAUCGUUUAUCGCACUUGUCAACUCUAAUGGGGAACUUUGACGAUAGUAACGCAUGGAACAUAUUUUGACCCAACAUUUAACAAAGCAGCACUGAUCCACGACAAACCGGUAAUAAUUUAAGCAGAUCUGUGCCUAUAAAGUUAACCAGCAGCAGGAAGGAUGCAGGCUGAAGCCACAGACUCUUCACUUAGAGAGGGAAUAGAGGCUCUCGGUGUGAAGGACUCAGAAAAACCUGCAGCAGGUAAUGAAGAAGAAGAGGGCAACACAGAGCAACAAGACACAGAGAUGACAGCUGUCACAGAGGAGGACAACCCAACAGCCAAGGAGGAAACAGAUGGAAACACAGAUAGUGCCAUGGAAGGAGAGGCACAGGCGGAUGAACCUCAGGCAGACAAGGCGAUGGGUGCUGAGGAGGAGAAGCAGGCUGCUGAAGUGGAUGGUGAAUGGGAGCUUCCGUACAGCGAUGAGGAAAUGGAAGAUCCUAAAAACUGGAUGCCUGCUCCUUCUGAGAUUAAAAGACUUUAUGAGCUCCUAGCUAAAGGGGAGAUGCUGGAACUGAACUUUGUACCCCUCCCCAGAAGACCCCCCACACCUGAACGCAGUCCUUCACCUGAAAGAGAUGAAGAAGAGGCGGCAAAGGAAAGGGAGAGGCAGGAGAGGGAACGCAAGCCUCCAACUCCUACUGAGUUUGACUUUGAUGAGGAGCAAAUGCAAACCACUCCGAAAAAUGCCUUUAUCAACAGACGCAGAACACCAGGAUCUUCUGCCCGCUCCUCUGUAAAAAGGGAAGCUCGCUUGGACAAAGUAUUGUCGGACAUGAAGCGCCACCGAAAAAUUGAGGAGCACAUCAUGCGCACGGGACGGGAUCUCUUCAAGAGUGAUAAGAAACUAGAGGAGGCUCUUUCCCCAAACAGCCAGAAGGAGCGGGAGAAGGAGAGGGAGCGGGACAGCAACCCUAACACCAUCUUCUCCCCAAGACAAAGGAGAUACUGAAGUAUUCAGAGAUGAGGACUUGCCCACAAAUGAGAUACAGAGCUUUUCAAGACUUUCAAGAAACUUGAAUUUUUUUUUAAAUGUAACAGGUUUUGUAUGUUUUGUGUGUUUUAUAUACCAGCAAUAAACAUUUUACAUUUGGAGAAUGCUAACUGAUCUAUUGUAAUCAGUAUGUGGCAAUUUAAAAAAAAAAUUUUUUAAUAAACAAGGGAUUGAAGGUGACUCAAGACACAACAAGGCAUAUUUCUAUUAGUUACAUUGUGGUGGGAUUCAGGGUUUGAGGAAAUAUGAGGUUGGAUGAGUGUGACCUUCAAGUCCUGCAUGAGAAUCAGCAACGCUUUGAGACUGACAAGAUCAAACAUGCUGAAAUCAGCAGAAGUUAAAAGCCAGCACCUGUGGUGUUAUGUGGGAACAUCAGUAUCCAGGGCAUAGAUGGCUUCCACAUGCGUGAAGGUAUUUUUGGCAAAGUGCCAUUAAGACUGCUAUAAAAUUCUGGACCUAUUUUUUUUUCUAAAUAUGAUUGUUUGUCAGUGAAGACACAAACUAUUUCCUUUGUACUUGUACAGAUUUAAGUUCGAAUAAUCCAUCCAUUUUCUCCCCUCAUCUAAUUCGGUGGGACAGGAGCCCAUCCCAGCUUCCACUGGGUGAAAAGCAGGGUACCUGGUGGACAGCCAGCCAGUACAUCAACUUAGAACAAUUAACCUAACCUGAAUGUUUUUGUUCUGUGGGAGGAAGCCCGAGUUCCCGGUGAAAACGUGGUCAUGCAUGGGAAGAACAUGCAAAGUCCACAUUGAAAGUCAAACUUUGAACCAGGAGGCCUCAGCGCCACUGGGCUAUUUCCUUUCUGAAAAAAUAUGGCUUGUUUAUAUACCUUUUAGUGUCUUCUAUUUUAAUAUCUCAAUAUUUACAUUGCUCCUUUUUUAAAUUAUGUGAAUCACUUUGGAAUUGUAAACAAAGUUGCUAUAUCAAUAAAACUGAUCCUGUUUGAUACUUAGAUCAUGAGCUUUUCCAAGUUGUCACCAUACAUUUAAUUCAAUAAGUGGCGAGUGUAUUUCCAUCUGUCCAAUAACCUGUUUAAGAACUAAUUUCACUUGUAUCAGGUGCUCUUUUGUCCGCAUUAAAGAAAUAGCUUCCAAAUGCAAAUGCUACACUCCUGACU